AUGAUGAACCCUUACAUCAGUUGGGCUCUCCUGCUCGUCGUGGCAGGUGGCCUGGGCUGGUACUACAAUGGCCCAAACCCCAAGCACAAGACCCCUAUAAAGCCCGUCGUGGAGAAGACGGAGCCUGCGCCGGCCGCAAAGAAGCCUAAGCGCAAGACCAAGAAGUCCCCGGAACCUACACCUGCCCCUAGCAAGCCCGUUGAGGAGAAGCCCGCCGUCCAGCCUGCUGUUUCGAAGUCUGAGGAGGCGGAUGAGGAGAUCGACAAGAAGGAAAUGGCCAAGCGUUUUGCCGCCGUGAAGAAUGGAACUCCCGUGCAGUCUAGUGGCAGCGCCAGCGCUGGUGGUAGCAAGUCCCAGAAGAAGAAGAAGACCAAGGCCGCUCAGGUUGAGAACGGCGAGCGCUCUACCUCUCGUGUCUCUACUCGCACCUCGUCCACUACCGGAGCCGACGCCGACGAUGACCUCUCCCCCGCUGGCUCUCCCAUGGUGAACGCCACUACUGGUUCCGCUGGAUACGUUUCGGAUAUGCUUGAAGAGCCCGCUCCGGGCGCGUCGGUUCUCCGUGUCACCGGUGCUGUGUCCUCGGAUGCCACCAAGAAGCAGAAGCCCCAGUCCUUCAAGCAGGUUGAGACCAAGAAGCAGCGUCAGCAGCGUUUGAAGAACGAGGCCCGCAAGCAGCAGGUCCAGGAGGCUGAGGAGCAGAGACGUAAAUUGCUCGAGAAGCAGCUCCACAUGGCUCGCGAAGCUGAACGCCGUGAGGCCGGCAUCAAGCCCGCUCCUCCCCCGACCAACGCUUGGCAGACCAAGGCUGCUCCCGCAGUCACCAACGGUACCCCCAAGGCGGCCCCGGCCCCCAAGGUGGAAUUGUUGGAUACCUUUGAGUCUGAGACUCCCGCCGCUCAGGCUGCCCCCAAGAAGGAAUGGGACUCCGGUCUUCCUUCCGAGGAGGAGCAGAUGCGCAUUCUCGGUGUCCAGGACCAGUGGACCACCGUGUCCAGCAAGAAGACCAAGAAGAAGGGAGGUAAGACUGACGAGAGCGAGGCUAGUGCUCCUGAAAGCCAGCCCGCUCCUGUUGCUGCCGCUCCCACCCCUGUUGAGCAGCCCAAGGUCAAGGUGACGCCCACCUACCUUCCCGAUGUCCUUCGCUCGAAUGUCAAGGGCCACCCUCUGGACUCCGACUGGGCUGCUUAA